UUCAUGUCAUUUCAUUAUGACACCUUUGUGAUAAUGUAUAUAUAUACAUUACGGGGAGAUUAGAUUUAGAAAUUACAUUCUCUAAACUUUUAACAGCAGAGUGUCAUUCUAAAAUUUUGAUACUCUGAUGAUGCAAAUAUUAAGGAGAAUAUGUAAUGCAAAUGUACAGUGACAAUUCAAAUUGGAAAGUGCAGUUUAUACAGUUUGUGCAGUUCAGAGAAUAUAACCUAUAAAUUCAGAAUGGAUCCUGUUCAACGUUUAAAAAAUAUUUCAGAUAAUUGUAAAACUGUUUCAGUGGAUCAUAAUAUUCCACCUAUAAGAUUUUGCAGAUCUGGAGUAGAAAUGAUUAGACAAGCAGAUAUUUAUUUGGCAGAGGGAACAUUAGAACGAGCUUAUAAUAUUUAUAUGAGAUUUUUAACAAUAUUUCUGGAAAAAAUAAGAGAACAUCCAAAGUACAAUACAAUUUCACCGAAAUUUAAAUUAUGGAUACAACAAACACUUCGGGAAGUUUUACCAAAAACGGAAGAAAUAAAAAAGAAAUUACUCGAACAAUAUGGAAAAGAAUCGUUGGAAGUUGAAGAAAAAAGGAGAAUUGAGAAUGAAAGACUUAAACGUGAAGAAAUACAAAGGUUACGCGAAGAAGAAAAUAGAAAAUCUUUAGCAGCUUUAGCUAAACCAAAAAUAGGAAUUAGUGCUGGUGCUAUGAUUGCUGGUGAUACGAAACCAAUUAAACCUUUAUAUCCUCCUUUUACUACUCCCAUAAGUCCUCGAUUAGAUCCUAAAGUUACAUCGUCAGAAGACAAAAAAAUUCCAUCUGUUGAUCGAUCAACAAAACCGAUACUUCAUGAUGAUAAACUCGGCCUCCGUGAUAUGGUUUUGCCAACAGAAUUGAUGAAUCAUUUCUUGAGACUUGCUACACCUAAUACAAUGAGUAAAAAAGAAACAUGUGGAGUUUUAGCGGGAAAAUUAGAAAGAAAUAAAUUAAUAGUUACACAUUUGUUGAUUCCACAUCAAACUGGAUCUCCCGAUUCAUGUUUAACUCACAAUGAAGAAGAUAUAUUUGAUUAUCAGGAUCAAUAUAAUCUUAUAACCCUUGGAUGGGUACAUACUCAUCCAACUCAAACGGCUUUCUUAUCAAGUGUAGAUCUUCAUACACAUUGUGCUUAUCAGCUUAUGAUGGCUGAAGCGAUUGCAAUCGUUUGUGCACCCAAAUAUGAGGAAACUGGAUAUUUCAUACUUACUCCAGAAUAUGGUUUAGAUUUCAUUGCAAAUUGUAGAGAAAGUGGAUUUCAUCCUCAUCCAACUGAUAUGCCACUUUACAAAGAAGCGAAACAUUGUAAACUGGAUCCCAUGGCGAAUGUUGAAGUUAUUGACCUGAGAAGAAAAUAACUUAUGUGAUUAUUGUAUCACUGAAAAAAAUUAACGUUUCUUAAAACUCGCAAAAGAACAGUAACUCCAUUUUUUAUGAGUUAAUUUCUUUAUAUUUGUUUCAAUUGUUAAAAUGUAUGAAUUCAUUUUUAUGUAAUUAUUUUGUAUUUUUUAGAUUCUUUUUAUGAGCUUGUUUUGAAUUAUUUUUAUAAAAAAAUUUAAUAUUUUUGUUAGGUUUUUUAAUUUUAUUAUUUUAAUUAGAGAAUAAAAAAUUUUUUUUUAUUGUUAUUUUUUUUUGUUUAAUGAAAAAGUGGAGUUACAUUGUUUUCACUAAGUAAAAAAAAUAUAUAAAUUUAACUAAAACAGCAAGUCGCUGCUUAAGCUCAAGCAGUCGUUCUUGCAUGAAUUGUAAAAAUAAAAAAAAAAAAUUGCACAUUGUGAACAAAGUACGUGUAUAUCUAUGUUAAUCACAGUAUUCUUUGGUAUUUAUUAAUUUAUUGUAACAGUUUCUUCACACAUGAGUGUAAUAGUUCUCCCAAAGUAAAUGUCGCACAGAAAUUUUCAGACAAACAACUUUCUCCUUCAAAGUUUGCAUUUUUAAAAUGAAUUUAACAGACAAAAAAUAUAAAAAUUUUAUUUCUCUACAUUCCAGAAUUUAAAUAAUAAUAAAAUAAAAGAACAAUACUAUUGCAUUUAUUCAUAAAUUAAAACUAAAUACCUCAUGUAAUGCCUGUAGAAUCUAGAAAAGAUGUUUGUCCGAAUAAAUUUCGUUAUAAUUUUUAUAAAAAAAAAAUAUUUGCUCUAGAAAAAAAAAUUGCACAAAGAAUCUAUUUAAAAUCUAUAUUGAUAAAUAUAAAUUAAAUAUAUUUAUGAAUAAUGAAUGAAAGUAGAGUAAGGCUUUAUUGUUAGUUAAAAAAAAAAGGUUGAGUCAAUGAAAAUGUGUAUGUGCAGAAUAUAAACACUAAUUUAUUUAUUAAAAGAAAAUGUUUUAUUUAUUUAACAAUAUAAAAUCCUCAAAAUCAAAUAUCAACAAUAUUAAUUGUAUUUUAUCAUUGAUUCAUUUUUUCUUAUCAAUGAUUUUAUAUCUAUACGCAAAAUAUUAUUUUAAAACGAUUUUAUAAGGUGUACCUAAAAAUGGAACUAAUGAUUUUUUUUUUAUUUAUGAUAUAAGAUAAUAUAACGUGCUGCAAAAUUUGGCAGUAAUUUUAUUAUUCGUUAUUAAUAUAAUCGCUUACAUUUAUUUCUUUCUUUCAAUAACAAUGGGUCCAACGUUAUCAGCAU